UCUCUCUCUCUCUCAGUCUCCGUGCAUCGCUUCGUUCGGUGCCUGCAUGGACCGAUCCCGGCGAUGGAGAGCUGUGCGAGAGCUGCUGUGCAGCUUUUACGCGGAAGUGCUGCCGCUGGAAGUCUUUGUGCGGAGCUUGCAGAUGCGAACUCUUGCAAAGGACCAACCGCAGCCUCUCGUGCAGGACGGGGAUCCCGGGAGCUACUGUAGCCUGGUCGCCCAGUGCCUGGUGGGGCGUCUGGCUGCGUGCAAGGCCCUCCCUGCCUAUUUCGGCGUCCAGCAGGUUUCCUGUCAGGAUGAUGUCCUUACACGAAUCAUUCAGAGAAUUCGUCAAAAGAAGAAAAAGAAUGUGUUGACAUUUGGUUAUACCCUAUUGGAUGGAAAUAAUUGCCAGUUGCCCUGUAUGCCAAAUAUUGGUAGCUACAUGCCUAAUCAUUCAACAGAAACUAUUCGACAGAAUGUGCUCUGGGAGAUCAUUCUAAACAGAGUUGGGGAUGACAUCAUGAUGUAUAUAUUAGAGCAUUGUGCUCUCUUUCUCCUUGUGCCUCCUAAUUGCUGUUACCAAAUUUGUGGAGAACCCAUCUAUAAGCUUGCUUCAAGAAAUGUAACAUGGCCUCCAAAGUUUCUUAGACAGAAGAUUCAUGGGCCUUCACCUUGUAUCCUAACAACUUAUCUCCGUAAAAGGUUUCAGUCUUGUAGGUGGUAUCCCAGAAAAACAAAGUGGAAGAAAUGGAAUUCUGAAAGGCAGAAAUGGAACAAAACACAACAACACAACAGUCAGCGGUCUACAGUAGCUCAAAGUGCUUCUGGCCAAAACCCUUCAAAGAAAAAGCAAAUUAUGAGAACUGGUGAACACAUAGAAAAGCAACAAAAGCCCUCUCUUAGCCCAUCAUUAAGAACACAGUGUUUAAAAAGAAAGUGGACAGGCCAGUGUGAUAUUAAUGCCAAGAAAAUAAAAAUAAUGAUAAAGGAGGACAAUGUAGAAAAAACCGCAAGAAACCCAGAUUCUAGAAAAAAACAAAAUCAGUUGAUUUUAGAUUGUGAUAAACCUGAGGCUUCUAGAGUAUGUAUACAAUCAUGUUCAAAAGGAUUAACUCUUAUGAACUCCGUUACUCAGAAUGGUGGAGUACAAAUAUCUGGGGUACCUACUGCAACUAAUGACAAUCAAGGGGCUUUGGUAUGUGAAAAGCAAGAUAGUAUAAGUAAACCAUUUUGUGAAUCCAAUGUGCAACCAACAUGCAAUGCUAAACUGCCAAAGCUGGUAACUAGAACCUCUGAUAUUAGUUCUGUGCAACUGGGGCUUGCAAAAAUGGUUUUACCAGAAAAAGACCUUGGAAUUCACUCAUCUAAAUCUGUCAGGAAGUCUUACAAUAGCAUUCCUGUAGUGCAUAUUGAGAGACAUUCUCUCUUAUAUUCCUACCAGCGUUUGAAAGAGUGUUUACCUAAGUCGUUUGUAUUAAAUCACUUGAAGGGCCAUCCAGCAGGAGGACGCCGCUUAGUAGAACAAGUGUUCUUCAGCAGUAAGAUUCUGAAGCAGCCUAGCAGUUCUAGUGUUCAAAGUGGUCCCAAGAAAAAGAAGAGGCUUCCGAAACGCUAUUGGCAGAUGAGAAGUGUGUUCCAAGAACUCUUACAGAAUCAUGCAAAAUGUCCUUAUCAAGCAAUAUUAAAAAGGAAUUGUCCCAUUUCAGUUUCUGAACCAGAUACGAUAAGCCUAGGAGAGCAAAGUUUCAAACAAAAUGGUCACCAAGUAGAGCAAAUUUCAUCAAAGAGGCAGCAGGAUAAUCCAGUAGAAGGUUGCAUCUCAAGCAGGUCAAGUGCAUUGAGCCCAUUUCCAGAGACUGGUGCUUCAAGCAGAAGCUCUGAAAGAACUGACUUAUUUGAAGAAAAAGAUAAAGAGAAGGUCUUCCAAGAUUCCUCCAGUUCUGAUUUCAUAGCGUUGCUAAAGCAAUAUAGCAGUACCUGGCAAGUAUAUACUUUUGUGAGGGGAUGCUUAGAGAGAGUGGUGCCUCCUGCGCUUUGGGGUUCAAACCACAACAAGUGCCGCUUCUACAGAAAUGUGAAGAAGUUUAUUUCCUUGGGGAAGUUUGCCAUGUUUUCUUUGGAGGAAUUGACAUGGAAAAUGAGGGUCAGUGAUUGUGCUUGGCUUCGUCUCACCAAAGGCCAUUCUGUUCCUGCCUCUGAACAUCGUUUUCGGGAAGAGCUGAUGUCUAAAUUCCUGUACUGGCUGAUGGACUGCUAUGUUUCAGAGCUCCUCCGAUCUUUCUUCUAUAUCACAGAGACAGCAUUUCAAAAAAAUUUACUUUUUUACUUCCGAAAGGCUGUUUGGAGCAAACUACAGAGCAUUGGAAUCAGGAGCCAUCUGGCCAAAGUGCAGCUUCAUCCUUUAUCAAAGGAAGAUAUUGAACAUUUGCAGCACAGAAAGUGUGUCCCCCUGGCAUCAAAACUCCGAUUCAUCCCCAAAUCAAAUGGGUUGAGACCUGUGGUCAAGCUGCAUGAUGAGGUCGGAGCAGAAACAUUUUGCAGAAACAGCAGAGGCAAAAAGGCUCAACAUUUCAAUGUGCGGCUUAAAAAUUUAUUUAGUGUUCUUAAUUAUGAACGAUUGAAGAACCCUGUCUUACUUGGCUCAACUGUGUUUGGAAAAGAUGACAUUUACAUAAUGUGGAAGAAGUUUGUUUCAAAGGUUUUGGAAUCGUAUGCUGAAAUGCCUAAAUUCUACUUUGUGAAGGCUGAUGUCACAGGCGCUUACGACACUCUUCCCCAUGAUAAACUGGUAGAAGUGAUUUUACAGGCUCUUGCACCCGACAGGAACACCACUUACAAUAUACGAUGCUAUGCAGCAAUCAUGAGGACUGGAAACGGAUGUAUAAAGAAAUAUUACAGAAGACAUGUCUCAACUUACAAUGAGUUUAUAGAUGGAAUGAAACAGUUUGUAUCUCAUCUUCAACAGAGCACUUCGCUGAGAAAUGCUAUAAUCAUUGAACAGAGUGUUUUUCUGAAGGAAAGCAGUUCUAGCCUUCGUGAGUUUUUCUUGCAGUUGAUCCAUAAUAAUAUCCUGAAGAUUAAGGACAGGUACUAUGUGCAGCGUUGUGGAAUUCCCCAGGGCUCCAUUUUAUCAACUCUGCUUUGCAACCUCUGCUAUGGAGACAUGGAGAAUAAGUUACUGUGCAAUGUGCAAAGGGACGGAGUACUGAUGCGUUUAACGGAUGAUUUUCUGCUUGUUACACCUCAUUUAGAACAAGCAAAAACAUUUCUGAGGACUCUAGCCAAAGGCAUUCCAGAGUAUGGCUUUGUUAUAAAUCCCUCUAAGACUGUGGUGAAUUUUCCGGUGGAUGAAAAUGUUCCAGGUUGCUUGGAGUUCAAACAAUUACCAGCUCAUUGUGUUAUCCCAUGGUGUGGAUUAUUAAUUAAUUCACAGACUCUUGAAAUUUACUGUGAUUACUCCAGUUAUGCUUAUACAUCUAUCAGGUCUAGCCUAUGUUUCAACUCUACUAGAAAAGCUGGUGUGAACAUGAGAAACAAAUUGCUUGCAGUCUUGCAGCUAAAAUGUCAUCCUUUAUUUAUAGAUUUACAGAUUUCAUGCCUGUGUUCUCCAGCUCCCAUUUCAUCACCACAUCAAAAAUAACCCACGUUUCUUCCUGACGGUCAUCUCUGAUAGUGCUUCAUGCUGCUUCUCUGUUCUAAAAGCUAAAAAUGCAGGUAGGUGAUCUUUUGAGCCCGAUACCCUGUUUAAAAUGGCUCCCCGGGCUGACUUUUUUUUUUUUUUGUAUGCCUUCUAUUACCUAGUCAGUCCCUGUAAUAAUGUUGACAAGAUUUCUGAAGUGGUUUGAUAUGGACUCCUUCCUGGGCCGAGAGAGAUUGACUAGCCCAAGGUAUUCUAGCUGACUUUGUGCCUAAAGUAGGUGUAGAACUUAUAGUCUCCUGGUUUCUAAACCAAUAUCUUAACCACUACAGCAAAAUAGCUCUUUUUUCCUUUUUUAAAAGCAAAUUAAACUGCAAGUUGCAUUAUUGGAAGUUCCUAUUCCCCUUUCCCUUCAAAUAGCCUCUAAGAAUACAGAGUGGGACUACAGCAUUAAGAGAAGUGCAGUUAACUGGAGUCCUUAGUGCUCUCUAAGCUUGAUUGCUUGCAGACAUUUCAUUGCCCAGCUAGGUAACCUUAUCAAAUAUCAGUUAAGCCCUUUUUUUGUCUGCUGAAGUGAUUGCUUCCUCUGUGAGGUGUACUUUGGCUUGGAAAGGAAGAUCUCACUGGUUACUGCUGGAUACAACAAUGUAUUUUGACAUCAGCAUAUCGUGAGGAGUUAAAUCUGCCAUGUGUACUGUGGUCCCAAUCAUUCUCCCACAGGGGUGGCAACAGCAUGGUUGUUAUUAUUUUUUGCUCCCCCCCCCCAGGUAAAAUGAAAUAACUGGCAUCACAUUCAAAUGUCAGUCUGGUUGGUCCCUUCAUUUGCUGCAAUAAGAGUGCCAAAGUAGUAAUGCUUUAUAGAGAAACAGUUGUAUAAAAUCACAAAAUACAUUUAUAAGUUUGGGGGAUUUCUUUCUUUCUUUCUUUCUUUCUUUCUUUCUUUCUUUCUUUCUUUU